AUGCCCGAGACCCAGAACCAACCCGGUUCCAUGGUCGCGGACGAGAAACAGUUGCCCGUACAGAAGAUCAUCCUCGGCCUGAUCACGCCGAUUGACGACACCGUCGUGCCGUGGUUGGGUGGCGUUGACUUCGUGUACCAGCACAGUCCCUUCAUGGAGUACCUGGUCCAGUUGGACUCCAAUACCAGCGAAUGGAAGCCGAUGCUGGCCAAGACCUGGGAGGUGAACGCCACCGGCGAUGUUUGGACCUUUGAGCUGGAACAGGGCGUGCAAUUCCACCGCGAUUUUGGUGAGUUCACCGCCGCAGACGUGGAGCACAGCUUCCAGGUCAACUGCCAAAUUGGUACCCGCGCCAGCUACAAGGGCGGCAUCUGUAACGUUGACCACGUGGAGAUCCUCGACCCUCACAAUAUCCGGGUACACACGGUCAACCCGUCGGCGGAAUACCUGUUCUACGCCGCUGAGUCCGCCGGCAACAUGAUAUCCAGCAAGGCUCAGUGUGAUGCGGCCGGUGGGUUCGAUGUCGCCGCCAACCAGGCCAGCGAGGGUUGCACCAACGCGUACUACGAGAGUAUGGCCGGUACCGGGCCCUAUCAGUAUGACGGCCGGGUCGAAGAAGUACACGUCGACUACUCAGUGGCGUUCCCUGACGGCCACUGGCGCCAUGACCCGGACUACCCCGAAAUGCGGAACACCUGGGUCUUGGAAGAAGCCACCCGCCUGGCGCAAUUCCGUGCGGGUGAGACCCACAUGACCGAGGUCAACCGUGACCUGGGCGACAGGCUGGUCGAGGAAGGCUUCAAGAUCAUCCAGAGCACCGGACCCGCCCAACAGACCGCCUUCCGCUUUGGCGGCAUGUUCUACGCCGACCCCGAGAACUACGACCCCGACUUCCCCGUAACGGCGCCUGGCGAAAUUGGCAUCAAGGUUCGCAAAGCUCUGAACAAGGCCGUGGACCGGGAGACCUUCAAGCAGGAGCUUUACAAGGGCCGCGUGUGGGACUCCAAGGUGCAUUCCUUCCAUCCCGACCUGACGCCGUGGGAUACCAAGUGGGACGACGACUGGGAAGAGGAAUACGGCUUCGACAUUGAGGCCUCCAAGCAACUUCUCAUAGAGGCCGGCUACCCCGAAGGGUUCGAGAUCAUCGUUCCGAUGUAUCCUUUCCCUGGCGCUCCGGAACUCCCCCAGAUCGCCCAAUUCAUGCAACUGGCGUGGGCCGAGAUCGGCGUGACCCUGACCCUGCGGGACGAGGACCGGGCGGCCGUGGUGGGCCGUCGCAACAAUAAGGCCAACCACGAAACGGCCGUGGCUACCACGCCCUCAUUCAAGGCGCAGGAAGCCCAGAUGAUGCUGUUCAACACUCCCAAGUCGGACGGCGGCGCUGGUCUUCAUACCACCAUGGGUGCCGACGAACGCGCCGUCAUCCUGAAGCAGAUGGGCGACAUCAAGUUCUACGAGCAUGAGUGGAUACCCCUCUUCUGGGUGCCCAUCGAGACCAUCGUGGAUCCCAAGAUCAUCUGCGCCUGGCCCUUCCCGGGUUGGGAAGGCGGUGACCUCGGCAGCAACGAGGAAAUCGAAGCUCCUCCCUGCUGA